GAACGUGCACGGUCGGCCUCGCCGCGCGUCGCCGCGGCCUGCGCGACACUGCCGUAAAGCCGGCCCUCCCGCCGUCGCGAUUCUGCCGUGCGUCGCGCAGUGCGCUGCGCGCGGGCCAUGGCGGCUCUGCGGCCCGGAAGCAAAGCCCUUCGCCCGCUCGUCGGCCGUUCCUUCUCCGGCGGCGUUGGCCGGCUGGCCCGGGAACGCCGUGCGGAGCGCAGGGAUGCUGCGGUCUCAAGAUUCUGCCCUCCAAGACAUUCUUGCCAUGAUUGGAUAGGACCCCCAGAUAAAUACUCAAACCUUCGCCCAGUUCAUUUUCAUGCUCCUGAAGACGAGUCCCCCUUGGAGCAAAGGCUGAGAGAAUUGAGACAAGAAACACAAGAAUGGAACCAGCAGUUCUGGGCGAACCAGAACUUGACUUUUAGAAAGGAAAAAGAAGAAUUCAUUUACUCAAGACUGCAAGCUAAAGGCUUGGGCCUGCGAACCGAAUCAGGUCAGAGAGCAACACUGGAUGCAGAGGAAAUGGCUGACUUUUAUAAGGAGUUUCUGAGUAAGAAUUUUCAGAAGCACAUGUGUUAUAACCGAGACUGGUACAAGCGUAAUUUCGCCAUCACAUUCUUGAUGGGGAAAGUGGCACUGGAGAGGAUGUGGCGCAGGCUGAGGCAGAGGCACAAGACGACGAGUUAGGAGACCACCCGGCCGGGCCCCAGCACCCGCGCCAUGCAUGUGAGCACGUGCACGCACGGUAUGGCCCAUGAUCUGCCUUUCCUGACUGCGUCCCAGCCGGCUCGUUCUCGUGGACACACUGUAUGAGCGCUGUCUGUGUCUUGAAUUCAGAGUACAGCCAUGUCAAAGUAUGAAUAAAGUCUCACUGAAACAAUUA